CGCAACAACGAUGACAUCAGAAGAAGCUGAAAAGGCAAAGAGGAUCUUGCAGAUCUACCGAGAGCGGAGAGUUCCCUGCCUGGCGACCGAUGACGCUUCCUCGGCUCGGAGGCGGAUUGGACGCUCGCGGGGCGGGGAGGUAGAGUGGGCGGGGCUUGGGCAGGACUUUUCCCCGGGGCUGAGCGGAGAAAGUCCCAUUUCAGGGGCGAAGAAGAGAGAGAGAAGGAUGGGGGGCUCCGGCGCUGCGCCUUUGGACUUUUGGGGGCUCCUGCUGCGGGUUGGGGUGCUGGUGGUCUCCGCUUCGGAGGGGCUGCGCGUGGAGGAGCCUCCAGAGCAUUUCCUGUCCCAAAAGAAGGCCGAGUGCCACUUCUCCAAUGGGACGCAGCAGAUCCGCUACCUAGAUAGGUACUUCUUCGACCGGCAGGAGUUCGCCUACUUCGACAGCGACCGAGGGAAGUUCGUGGCGGUGGAUGAACUGGGGAAGCCCGAUGUUGAGAGAGCGAACAAGGACAAGGACCACCUGCGGACUGAGAUGUCCAACCUGGAUGUCUACUGCCGGCGCAACUACAGGAUCUAUGAGCCCUUCUCCCAGAACCGGCACGUCCAGCCCAAGGUAAAGAUCACCCCCACAAACAACGAGGAAUCUUCACCCCACAACACUUUGCUGAUUUGCACCGCGGGCCGCUUCUUCCCUGCGGGGAUCGAGAUCAAAUGGUUCAGGAAUGGGAAGGAGGAGCCCAAAGUGUGGACCACAGGCCUCACCCGGAACGGGGACUGGACCUUCAAUUUUGAUUUGGAGCUGGAGACAACGCCAGAACGUGGAGACGUCUACACCUGCCAGGUGGAGCACGCCAGCUUCGAAGGCCCUGUCACGGUGCAAUGGGAGCCACAGUCGGACUCUGCCAGGAGCAAGAUGUGGACGGGGAUUGUGGGGAUUGUGCUGGGGCUGGUCUUUGGGGCCACGGGACUCGCCCUUUACCUGAAGAACAAGAAAGGGCAAGCUGUUCCUCAGCCUGCAGGACUCAUCAGUUAGACUUUGCUGCUCCAUCAGGAUCUUGGGAUGUGGAGAAGCUCUGUUCUUCUUGCCAGUUGCCCUCUGUCCAUGCUCAGAGGGUGGAAACCUCCUUGGAAGGUGGAUGGAAGGAGUCACAGAUCAAGAACAACAGUGUUUCCCCCACCGCCACCUCCGUUCCUUUGUUGCUUGCUUGUCAUUACUUUGGGGGGGGGGAGUUUCUUUUGGUGUUUCCCUCUCUGCCUGUUGACUGCAAGUUAUCACAACCUGAUUUUACUUCUUUGCACUUCUCUGAGUCCGUGCAGCUAGAUCUGGUCCAAUAUGCCCACACUGACUGGCAGUGGCUGCCUUGAAGUUUCAGAUGGAAAGUCUUUCUAGCCCUUCUAGGGAUUGAACUUUCUGCACUCAAAGCAGCUGUCAAAACUAUGUCAAGUUCUAUCUUCCCCUUGUUGGAAUUUGGACCCAUCCUCUUCCUCCUGAUCCAAGUCAGUGGAAGAGCUUCUCCCAAAGUGGAAAGGACUCCCUUGGAAGGUGGUGGCUAUCUGUCAUGGAUGCCUGAGAUUCCUCAUUGCAGGAGGUUGGGCUAGAUGACCCUUGGGGUCCCUUUCAACUCUACGAUUCCGUAAAAUGCUACAUGGAAAAUUCAAUUUAUUGAAAGCUCUGCGACAUGGAGGAUGAGUCCCGUUUUCGGAGAGAGUCCCUACUCACCACCCUCACCCUGCUGACUCUAUCUCCUCAUGGAGAGCAGUUUGUUAAUUUCUUUGUGCAUAUCCUGCUAUUUUGUGGUAUUGAGGAUCAGCCCUCUGACUGGGAUCCUGCCCUGACCCACCUCAAGGCAGAAGCAGUUUUCACAGCCUUGAGAGGAUUUCCUCUGAGUUGCACCAAAGAACAUUUUCUUCAGCUUCCCUCUGUGGUCCUUGAACUAUUUUAUUCGUUCAAAUGUCAAUAUUCAAAGAGUGCCACACUUGACAAUCCUGGGUUUGAUCUGCCCAUUUCCACACAACUUUACCUGGAAGAAGGUGACCUUUAGUCCUACGUCUAGCACUUCCCCACCUUUGGGUUAUUGACUUCUUUAAGGCCUUUUCAUGUAACCCUUCAACAGCCCAAGGUAUUUUACCACACAAACAUCCUAAUACAGGAAAGAAAAGUCUGUUUCAAUCCAGUCUAUUUGGGGGACUAAUUUGGGAGCCAUUUUCCUGGACAAAACACACACUGCAUAGUCUCUAAUUUCAAAUUAGAUUUCAAAGUAGCUAUUCAGGAGAGCCCAAAGCCUUCUCCAGUGUUUCCAUAAAUGUGAACUUUCCAGGGGGGAGAAAAAACACAUAUUUUGAAUCCUCCUGUGACUAAAACUCCUGAGGGAAUUUUCUAUUCCUUCAUUUAUCUGACUGUGGGCCCCUUGGAGGAGGGAACAUGGAGUCCAUUCUUGGCAUCCCUUCCUUGACGCUUCAGGACCUGAGUAGGGAAAGAUGCCAAUCUCCACAGGGAAGCCAUUUUAUCAUGUUUGGGCUCCCUCAGGAGAAAAGAGCGGGAAACGCCUCAGGCGGAGAGAGACUCCCUUGUCUCUGCCCAGGUUCCUCACAAAUUUCCCUGCCUGUUCUGAGGAGAAAAAAAUGUCCGUCCGUCCGCCCUUUUCUCCACUGAAACUGCCCAGGAUUCAGCCCCGUUGGUUGUUUCUGGGGAAAAGGGACAGGAGAUCUCAAGGCUGACCAAGGUCUGAGGGAAUUUCUAGGAUCCCCUCAAGACUCAGAGGGAAACACGAUGGAUUGUCCAGACAAAAACCACCACAAAACCCCCCAGCCCCACUCCUUGGUCCCAAACCCCUGGUAUUGGGGGGCUGGGAAACAAGGAGGAAGGAGACCCUGUGCCCCCCAUGGUGGGUCCUGACUUUAUCCACCACACUUCUCCUCAGGGAUUGACACAACCUCCCCAAACCUUCCUUUGGAUAAGAGUGGGAUACAGUGUCAGCCAGCAGAGCAGAAACCAUUUUUAAACUCCUUUUUGCUAGUGGGGAAGGCGGGUAAUGUAAUCCCCACAGGAGGCUGGUGAGGGGAAAACACACUGGGUAGUUUAUUUUUUUUAUUUUAAACAUCACUUCAUUCUGACUUAAGCAGCACCUCCAAGUCCUUUACAAAAAGAUAAACCAAGAGAAAAACCGCAAAAGUGCUUGAAAGCACAAACACACACACGCAAAAAUAUUAAAAUCACCCCCAUUUUCUAAACAUCUGGGUCGGCUUGUGUGGCGAUCAGUUUAAAAAUUAGCCAGGCUGUAGAGGGUUAACCCUGUUAGAACCCUAAGAACCCAAGGGGGAGGGCUCUGGGGGAAUAUAAAAACCCCAACCCUGGAGUCAGUUGUUGUUGAAGGGAGUUGUUGGUUGAAGUCAGUCAGGUUAGAGUUGGUGUGAAGAUAAGAGCUGGUUAAUAUUGAGGUGGUUGUGAAACAGGGAGAUAGACAGGAUACAGUGUGAUGAGAAUAGUGAUUGAUAAUAUUAGUUAUUGUUAGAGGUAAUAGGCCGGUAAUUGAGAUUUAGAGGUAUUAGGCCGGUAUAGGAACAAUCUGUUAUUUGAAACCGUUUAAGCUUGUACCGUAACCAUCACGCAUAAGAACAUUCAAAUAAACUAUCUUGUUUUGUUUUAAGACAUCCUGGUCUGAGGUGUGUGAGUGAUUGAAUGUAUUUGUUGUCGUAGGCACAUCACCAAUAGACCGUCAAACGUGAUGUGCAGGUCUGAGUGACCGCGACAGCUUGUCUGAGCAAGA